UGGGGCAUGCAGGCCGCAAAGACCUGAAAGCGAGCUCUGUGCGAAAAAGCGAUCAAAAGCAAAUCCAGAAAAAUGCAACGCGCAAUAAAACCCAAUUAAGUGCCUCAACAGCAACAUUGCAUUUAUAAAGUAAAACGACGCUUAACGUCUACAAGUGUCGCUAUUUGACAUAUUUAAUUAUUUAUUUGUACAAUUUGUUUUUUUUUUUGUGUGUCUCUGUACCGAUCGAUUUGUUACCACUCCCCACGCUUAGGGGCUUAUUGUGCGCGCAGCAAUCAUGUUCAUACAGGACUUGAAGAAUGACUUUUAUAAACAACUGAUAGGCAAGCGCAUUUUGAUUAUAGUUAACUAUGAUGUCGACGCGAUCUGCGCUAGCAAAAUCCUGCAGUCGCUCUUCAAAUAUGAUCACAUGCUCUACACUGUGGUGCCCAUAAUGGGCGUGACAGGACUGCGACGUGCGUACUCGGAGCACCAGGGCGAUGUUAAAUACGUGCUGCUGAUCAAUUGCGGUGGAUGUGUAGACAUCGUAGAGCUGCUGCAGCCGGCGGAGGACGUCACCUUUUAUAUAUGCGAUUCCCAUCGUCCGCUGGAUGUUUGCAAUGUUUACAGCGAUCGUCAGGUGUGCAUUCUGGGCGAUCCAGCUCUGGAGGAGAACAUACCUGGUUUUGAAACCAUAUUCUAUGAUUCAGACGGUGAGGAUGACGAUGACGACGACGACGAUGAGGAUGAGGAUAGGAAUGGGGACAGCGGCGCUGGCGAAUCCGAUGACGGCGACAGCUCGGAAAGGGUACGCGCUCCCAAGCUUAGUCGUAUGCAGAAACACGAGCAGCGUGUCCUGCGACAGAGGGCCAGAAGACAAUGGGAAUCUGAACGGGAUCGCAUCAUGUUCGACUACACACAAUUCAGCUAUUACGGCCGAUCAACGGCUCUAUACAUCUUCGAAUUGGCCUGGAAGUUAUCCAAAGACAACAUGGACCUGCUCUGGUGGGCCAUUGUCGGCAUCAGUGAGCAGCUGCUGCUAGGCAAGAUUGAGAGCGGCGCCUAUACACUCGAGCUGGAGCACAUACAAUCGCACGUGUCUCGCCUCACCAAUAAGACUAACGAUCAAAACACAAUGAGUGCUUCGAAGAUCAGCUUCGAGAACGACUUGCAUUUGGUGCUCUAUAGACACUGGACGGUAACCGAGUCCAUGCGCUACUCACGCUAUUCCGCUUGUCAGCUGAAGCUGUGGACCUUGAGGGGUGAGAAGCGGCUGCACGAGCUGCUCGUUGAAAUGGGCCUGCCUUUGGUGCACGCGCGACAAACGUACAGCGCCAUGGAUUUGAUCUUGCGCAAGGAAUUCUACUCCAUGGUGGAACAGCUAGCCGAGAAAUAUGGCAUUCCGGACAUUGUCUAUGGCACCUUCACACUCAGCUAUGGUUAUCGCAGUCGGUAUGCAGCUGCCGACUAUGUCUAUGCCCUGUUGGCCAUUCUACAGUCGGUGAAGAAGCAUAAAACUCCAGAGGACUGUUUUAUGGAGGCUUCGGACGCACUGACGCGCCAGCACAAGCAACUGCUCAACGUGGGCAUUGACAAUGCCAAGCUGCUGCAUGCGGCCAUCUUUCGGCAAGUGCAGAGCUGCCUGGAGGCGCAUCAGGUACAUUCGACUGGCUCCUUUUUCUAUUACGUACUACAAGAGGAGCAUGCCUUCUUUUCGUAUCCAUAUGCUCUGGCUCUGCUGGCCAAAUUCGUGCUGCAUGGCCAUGUGGCCACGACGAGAGUGCGUCAGGCGCCGGAUCUACCACUCAUUGCCACCUGUCCACUGGACGCGUCGCAGGGCAUGUGCCUGCUGGUGGGCAUUGCGCCGGUGCGCGAAGACUCGCCGAAGAACUUCUUUGGCAAGGCUUUUGAUCAGGCGGCGCAGAAGAGCAAGACCAGUUUGCUUCAAGAUUUCUUUGAACCGUCCAUCGUACAACUGCGCCAGAGCGACUUGACUCGUUUCCUAGACGCGUUGACCGUGCUUCUAACCUAAGCUCAAAUGCUCCCCACAAAUAUAGUGUAGCUUAGCGCCUAGGACAGUAUAUUGAUCCACUGACCCUUGGUAUUUCGGACUAGAUCAUUUUUAAGAUAAUCUAAUUUAUAAACAAUUGUUUUUUUAUUAGCAUAGCAAUUUUUUUUCGCCAUUGCUGCUAGGACUACUUAUAGAAAAUUAUAUAAAUGUACAUCAAUAACUUAAUUAAACCGAUUACGAAUAAGACUAUGUAAACUAUGUUAAGCUGACCUAAAAUUGAAUAUAUGGAAAUAGAUUAAGCUAUGCGUUUGUGGCAUUCGAUUUGAAAUUGUGUAAAACAGACAACAAAUAUAUAAUAAUAA